AUGGCCGAGGACACGCUCAACAAGCAGCACAAGAGCUCUAGACCAUCCAACAACCCCAAACCAAAGCGACCACCUCUAACACACUUCCUUUGUCUACCUCUCAUCAAUUCUGUCUCCCUCCCCCAGCUAGAGUCCUCUCUAGCCACAUUUAAAGCUUCGAUUCCAUCCACCAUAUCCCCAACUCCAGACGAAGGGCAACAAGGCGAUCAACGGCAACCGCAUCGCCCGCUUAUUCCGGAAGAUGCUAUACGCCCUGUUGGCACACUCCACCUCACUUUGGGAGUCAUGAGUCUCCCUACCCCUGAGCGCCUUGAUGAAGCACUGCGGCUCUUCCACUCUUUGGACCUGGUCGCGUUAUUGUGCAAAGCGCAGGAGAAUGCUUCGCGGAAGCGACCACAUACCUGGCCUGGAAAGAGAGACCCUCUGCCUCAAGAAUCAAAGCAAAAUGCCAAGCAAGAGAUAGGGUCAGCACCUGAUACUGUCUUGUUGACAAGAGAAACUCUUGAACCAGCCCUAUCAAAUGAACCCUUUCAUGGAGAGCCUCGCACUCCCCAACCGUUCAAUAUCUCGUUGGAAUCCAUGCAUGUUCUUCCGCGGGCACGCGCGGCGACGGUCCUACACGCCACGCCUGUUGAUCCCACGUCUCGUCUCUACCCGUUCUGUGAGGCAUUACGGGACAAGUUUCUAGAAGCUGGGUUCCUGCAAGGGGAGUAUAGAGAUGACCCUAACCAGAAGCAAAAGAAGCAAAAGACGGGAGCACAAAACAAAGACCAGACUCAGCCAGCCCAAGACCAUCCGGACCCUGGGCCUAGUACAUCCGCCAAUCAUAAAACAGAGGUAAAGCUUAAACCUCGCCGGCUUCUCUUACACGCCACAAUCGUGAACACAAUCUACAUUAAGGGAAGGAGGCGGAACACUCGCGGCGGCCAAGAUAAGCAAAAGAAGAACACUCGUCCUGAGCGCUACACAUUCGAUGCGCGGGAUAUCCUCUCACAUUAUAUGAACUUCUAUCUUGAUAGUGCUAGGACAAUUCCGCGGUCAGGUGGUGGGGUUAUUGGCCAAUCUCAGUCCCAUGCUGAUUUGGAGACUGUUCGUGGCAUUAGCAGAGAGGAUAUCCAAACAGAGGAAUACUCAGAGGCGGGUGUGCAGAAAGGUAACGAAGAGACCCAGCCUGCAUCGGAUAAUGGGGAGAAUUCAGGUUACCCGUUUGUCUGGGCGAAGAACAUCCCUAUUGAAGGAGUCUGCAUUUGCGAAAUGGGCGCAAAAAAGCUCGUCCCAGCAGCUGAUGAGAGCGGGAUGAACGCUAGGCUGGGGGAGAAGUACACAGUCGUUGCGGAGAGAAGCUUGGAUGUUCAAGCGAUCGACGGGCAAGGAAUAGCAGGGGGGAGUGAGUCGGGUGUUGGUGUAGCAGCAUGA